AUGCGUCUCCACCUUAUCAUUCAGCGUCACGGUCUACCCGUGACGCGCAUUCUUUGGACGACGUCACCGCCGUCAAUGUACGGUCAAGCGACGCCUAGCUCCUCCGUAAUUUCUGCUGCCUCUUCUGCUAUUGCAUCGACGCGGGUGCCGAAUGCGCUAUACUCAAGCGGUGGAUAUACCAUCGCGCAGCUGCUGGAGGAUGUCAAUGAGGUGGUCCCGUUGGAAACGGAGCCGGCGAUUUUCGACAGCGAAUCGAGCGGCCAGUGGGGCUUGGAGGACUAUGCCGUUGAAGUGGGCGGCUCCGAGUGUCUGCAUUUCAUGGAGGUCGAUGGGCUCCUCAGAGAUGGUGAUGAAGUAGUUAUCCGCGCCCUUCAAAUUGCAGAUCUCAGAGCGAGACGGCUCUCCGGCCGCCACCAGAUUUCAAACGACGGCAAACAUCUUAUCGAUGGGGUCCCGUUUGGCCGGCCUUUCCUCAAACGGCAAACGUCGUCCAGACCGGCGAUUGCAAUCCCACCAAGGAAGAAACGGCGCACUAUGCUUGCGACUUGGGACGGUGAUGAUGAGGCACAGUGGACUAUUCCUGGGCGAGUAAGCUCAAUGAAGGAGCUCUCGAGACUCAAGGCUCAUGACGAUGAUGGCAUUCACGAUGAAUAUACGGAUUAUCAUCAUGACGACGAUUACGAAGACUACCAUGAGAGUCAAGAGGAAUCCGGGGACGGGACAGUCAUCCGUCAUCCCCUCAGUGAGGGCGAGGAUGACGAAGCUUCGGAAAGCGACGCGGACGAUUCAGAAUUCGAGGCCGAAGACUUGGCGGAAGAGCUGGAGGCUCUUGAGAAAGACCGGGAGACGGUUAGCUUGCCGUCAGUGGAAGUACCAGAAAAAAAGCCCACCGGGCCUGGAGGCUAUCCCCUGCGGACCAGGGCCAGUAUCCUACGCACUACUUCCGGGCGCCACGCCGACCAUCAAACUGCGAUAAAAAGUCCAUCUGAAGCAGGUUCUUCGCGACGAGACUCCAGAGCUGUGCGGUUCAAGGGGACCCAGCGGCAGGCGUCACCUUGUCCCUCUCAGAGUGAGGGCGAUUCCCACUUGAGUAAGGCCGAGCAGGCUUCCGAGGACUCACCCUCCAUAUACAAGAGCUUCAGCAGCAGUUCCUCGAGUGACACCGAUGAUUCGACAUCUGACGAGGAAGACUCGGCUUCUCAUUCCGAAACAACGACUUCUGCUUCGGAGGUGUCCUCGUCUGAGUCUGAAGCAGAAGAUGUUGAGUCUGAAGAUGACGACUCGUCCUCCGAGUCAGACGAAUCCACAACAUCCGAAUCAGAGGACGAGUCCCUUUCCAGUCCCGCUUCGAACAGGCAACUACAGCCCAAGGUGAACCCUCCAGGCCACGGUUCCCUCAGGACUAAGAAGAGCAAUCAGCGCAACAAAUUGCGACGGAGGCUCUCGAAGCUCAAGGAGCUUGGCGCUCUGCCUGCCGAAGCCGACUUUGCAACCCUCCGAGAAUGGGAAGCGAAGAAUGGGGUCUGGUACGAGCCACCUGAGCACAAGCCGAAUGAGAAGCGCCGAACGAACGAAGAAGAACAGGAGGAGUUUGAAGCAAAAAGGCAAAAGUUGCUCCAUGCCCUGGCAACAGGCGGAGUAGACGUCGAUGCAAUCAUGGAGAAAGAGAAUGAGCCCUCGGAGGCAAAGACGACGGACGAGCCAGUGGAGGAGGAUGCCGAGUACAAUGGGGCGGUUGUGGAACCUGCUAACAAACGACGUACUCUGGAUGUCGCAAGCUCCAGACGGUUGCUUUUUGGGUCUCUAGGAGUGCGAGCACCACGGUCCAAGGAAGAUGAAGAAGCCACUCGGAAGAAACUCGCAGGAAAAGUCAACAACUUCCGUGCCAAGAUUUCAGAAGAGCAAGCUCCCGCUGAGGAAAGCGACAGUGAAUCGGAAACAAACUGGCAGGACAAGCUGGUCCUCAAAGCUACUGAAUGUGUUUUCGAUGACAUUGAGCUUUCUAUACCUCCUUUCCCGUUUGAACAGCGCUGGGAUGCCGAGGCUCAUCAAAUCAUAAAGAAGCGCAAGGGCUGGGGGCGCAAGAGGAAGAGAAGACAGCAAUUGCAGGUCUACGAGGCAGACGAGUACGAAGAUUACGUGGAGGAUAAUAAUGAACACUAUGCCGAGGAAGACAUUCAGCUCAAUUACGAUGAUCCAGAGCAGCAGCUCAGCACCGAGCUCACGAACGGAGUCGAGUCAGCGGGUGAAGAGCCAUCAGAAAACACACAGGACGAUCUCCCUCCUCUACCAGUGGAUCUGAGCUCUGUCCGGGAUCUGACGGAAGGCGAUUUGAAGCAAGGAUCAGUGAUCGCUUUCAAACAGCUUGUUGUGUCCAAGGAGACGAACUGGCAACCUACUGUGUCCGAUUAUCUUGUGGCGAGGAUAGACAACGUCUUCGAAGACAAUGUACUCAAGCUGCAGCUUGCCAAGCGCGACCGGCGACAAGUCGAGCAACCCGACGAGGAUGACGAAGAAGACGGCACUCGAGGAUAUGACAAAUUCGAAAUGCCCGGCAUGGACGACGAUCAAGCGGAAGACGACGGUUUCCGAGAGAUAUCAUUCGCCGAUCUGUUUGAUGCAAAGCUCGUUCAAGCUGCGGAUGUGGCAGACGUUGGGGGUGCCGACAAAGUCAGCAACUCCUCCGCAGCUGAGGGUUCCUUUGUUCAGAAUUCCAAGACCACCGGCGAGGAUGAAACGAUGCGUGAGGCUGAGGCAGUCAAUGAUAGCAAUAGGAACUCUCCCCAACCGUCUGUCAGUUCGCAUGCUCGUGAGGUGCCUGCAGACGAAACCGUCGAGGCAGUUGAUCAUACCGCAGAAGGCACCGGAGGUAGUGGUCCAGAAGAAGACGCCAGCCCUGUUAUACAAUCACCACAAUUCGUUGGAUUUCACUCUCCUCAAGCGGAGACGCAACCGUCGCUCUCCGAGCCGAGCCCUGAGCAGGAGACUGGCGAAGUCACCUCUGCUGGUACUCAGAAUGCAGAUGGGGGCUAUGAUAGUGGAAAACAAUCCAAUUCCCUUCCAAAAGCCACAGAGGCCCCCUCAACUCUUCGGUCUACUGUUCCUCCCAACGCCUUCGAUGACGCUCCUCCGGCGACCGGUUCAGAAGACGAACUGCAAUUGCUCAGCAGCCCGGACAAUUUCGUUAAUUUCAACCGUUUGCUUGAACAGCUCUUCCAGGGCAAGCGGCCGACUCCGGGCUCCCCAGUUCCGAAGGAUGAGCCAGGCGACAGUCCGGGGAUGCCAAGGUCACGGGCAUCAUCGUCUUCUAGUUCUUUCGUGCCUAACCCGUUCUACGAAGUCGACAAGGCCCAUGAAGAGCGCCUGCGACGAAGCUCGCAGAAAGCCAAGGGCGAUACUGUGACAGUAGAAGAUGAAUCGGCGGUGGACUCCGCGCCGCCAAAGUCCCAGUUAUCCACUCCCAUAUCCCGCAAGACUCCUACAAGCGCACAGCCGCAGAGGUCUCCUACGCCUCAGGACCAAUCUCUCAAGAGUUCAAUCGAAGAAAGCAACUGGCUGACCCGGCUCGACGAGGCGUCUGGCACUCAGCCUCCCACAGCAUCGCAGCUCUCGAAUAUAGUCGAUCUGACUCAGUCCAGUCCGCCGGUCUCGCCUGGCGGAAGUGAUGAGGACUUUGCCAAAUCACAUCGACUGCCGCGGGGUCCUGGGUGGGUGCAGAAGAAUGUUCCGAGCACGCGGAGGCGCACCAGGCUUUCUUCAUCCAGAGUCAAACGCAAACACUGA